AUGGCUUCUGAACUUGUGAAGAAGACUCAGAGUAUCACCUCAGCAGAGAGCAUGAGAGAAUCCACCCAGCUCAUAAUGAAACCUUAUGCCAACUGGGAGGAGUACCUGACACCAGCACCACUCUCCAUAGCCAUACUGGGGGAACUGACUUUCAUUUCCUCAAAAACCGAUUUCUCCAUCAACAAAAACCCACCCAAAGAUGGCUACAAGUACAUCAGAUACCCAGAGUCAUUCCGUGCCUGCCUCAUGCAAGUGUGUAACUCUGGCUGGUGGGCUUUUAAUGAAGCCCAUAAGAGUAUGGAUCAGAUCCGCCUUCACACUUCCACUGUACCAGACUAUAUGAAGACUGCAGUGAAGAUCCUGUUUCAGGGAAGUGAUGAGGUCAUCCAGGCCCACCUGCCUAACCAGCUGGAGAACAUUCGGGCUAUUGCAGAUGACUGUGUGGACCUGGCGAAUGCAGCAGAACAAAAGUUUGCUGACGUCAUCAAUGUGGUUCAAGAGCUGGUGGAGGCGUGUGUGAAUGCAGAACAUUGUUACGGACUGGAGCUGGAGGAAAUAAAAAAGAGACUGGAAGAGGCCAAAAUGAGGGAGCAAACAUCACGAGAAGCCAAUGAAAGAUCUGCGAAGGCAAUGGAGACAAUGGAGAAGGAAUUGGAAGAGGCUCAAGAGAACUACAAGAAAGCAAUAACUUCACUUCCUAGUGGAUGGGACAUGAUUGGCAUGGAUUUAGUUGGAGGAUUAACAGAAAGCAUCACAGGGCUAGUAAAUGGAAUAACAUCCAUUGUUACAUGCUCUUUUACACAAAUGUGUGAGGCAUCAACAAAAAUUAAGUUUUCAUAUCAUUGUAUAAGAAGUAAGGAUGAUGCAGCAGAUGAAAUUACUAAAAUAAACAUCUACAGCAGGUCUGGAGAAAUUCUUAAGAUAUCAGAAUUUAUUGGACAAUACAUUCAAGAGAAAACUAUUGAUUGGAAGAAACUGUAUGAUCAGAAGAAAAAAUACACAAACACAGACUUCGCAGCAAACCAGUUUAAAAGGAUUAAAAACAGCUUGGAUCAGUUCCCGGACUGUAAACCAAAACGAAAAGCUAUUCUCUUAUGUGAAACUGGAAUCAACAUCUGUCAGCGGCUCGCACUGUGUGCACCUGAAGGCAGCUGUAGCAAGGAGAAAGAACAGAAGAUCAUCUCUAAUUGGCAGGAGCUCAUUAAAUCAGCUCGUGCUUUUGACAGCAAAAGCAAGAGUGUCACAAAGUCUCCGUCCAUGACACCAAAACCACCAAUGAUGUACCAACAGGAGAAUAAGAGUGAAGGGUCUAGUAAAAUGUCUGCAGGACAAAGGGCGACAGAGAAUGCUCACUUCCGUAUUGAGCAGACCAGAGCACAACUGGACAAGACAAAAGAGACGUAUGAGAAGUGUGUGGAGAACAUGGAGAAGAACCAGAAGGAGCUGACUGACAUUUUGGUCACCAUGAGAAACUGUGAACUCAAGGAAAUCGACUUCAAUACCACCAUAAAAAUGCUGAUCAAAGGUAUGGAUGCCAUGGGUAGAGUGAAGGAACAGUGGGAGAAGAUGGUACGUUUCUUUCAGAUGGUGUCCAACAUUGUGAAGGUCAAUAUGAGCAAAACUCUCCACAAUUUUGUCACAACAGCCAAGCAGACACAGAAACUCUCUUACAAUGCCAAACUCUUCUCAAAAGACCUGCUCUACAACCAGGCCUUCCAGGCAUCCAACAUAGCCAGUCUUGUCCAUAUGAUCUCAGAGACCUACACUGAGGUGUCCAACAAAUACCUGAUGGACAGAGUCAGUAGUCUGGGCAAACUCAUGGCCAUGGAUAAGAGUAAGCCAGAGUUUGAACUCGAGCGUCUACAGCUACAGAGUGGCUGUGAUGAUGCUCAGAAAGGUAUUCUACACCUGGUCAUCAAGAACAAAAAAGCCUUUGAGAGAAGCGCUGAUGCAAGACUGGAGAAGAUUGAAGGAGAAUUGUUGGCCAUUCUACCACCUGCAGCACCUGAAGAAACCAAGGCCAUUAAAGAAGCUGUUCAAACAGGAUUCAGCGAGGAAGAGGAAGCGAACUAUUACUGA